AAACAGGACUUAAUACUCGCACGCCACACACACACAAAUCGAAUAUCAGCUGGAGGCACAUCCCAGAGGAUGAUGACGUCAAGGGGAAACAUCUGUCCACCCUAUGAGCGGGUUUGGAUGUGUGUACUGAUUUGGCUGAUUAUAAAAACGAGGUCACGGCGAAACUAAAUGAAUAUUGAUCCAUUGAUUCCCAAUUAAACGAAAGUCAAAGUUCUGUCAUGGUGCUGUCCUAUUGUAGCUUUCCUGCGCCUAUUUUUGUCCCACCAAAUUUAAUCGUCUCCGUGUGACGCAUUCAUGAACUUCAAUGGCAACACUUCAGGGAUAUUUAUGUCCACAAACAUAUUAUUAAAAACUGGUACAACUUACCCUCAAAUUCUAAAUCAGACAACGCUGCGGGUGCAUGAUUCGAUUCUAUGAAAAAGAUGCACAAAAAGGCUACACAGAUUAAAAUGUACAAGAGAAAGGCCUGAACCUUAAAGAGCAACAUUGGUUUGCAGCAUAUGAGGAGAUUUUUAACAUAUUGGUGACUCGCGAUAAUAAUUAGUAUUAAUAGAACAAAUUCUAUCUAAAGAAAGUUAACAUCGAAAUCGUGUGAACGCCUUCGCCUAGAUAAACAACGUCAGCCGCUUAAUUAGUUUAACACCUUUCUGCCUUCCUGCCAACCUACCGCCAUUCACCCACCUUCCCCCACUGUGUCCGGCCUUCAACAACACGUCAAAAUUGCGCCAGUUCGGGUUCACGCCGCACCCAGUCCCUUGGAGGAGGAGUCUCAGCCCCCCGCCAAUCACCACAGCCAGACGACAGACACGUCCACAGUGGGUCACAGUGCCGCAUCUACGGUAUCGCGGCGCCGGAGCGGGUCGGGUGUCCGGGUUUCGAGUGUCCACAAGAAGCGCAAGAACAUUUGGCCCUUCAAGAUGCGGGUGAAGGUGAGCAAGCGGCUGUGGCCGCACCGACAAGCCUCCACCAAAAGCGACAAGUUUCCACAGCCAAACGAAGUAACAGAAGGUGCCUUACAAGUCUGGAGAGCACUGCCCGAGCGUAUUCGCCAGGAUCCCAGUCUAGCAUCGUUUCGCCAGGAGCACGAGCGUUUACAUGGCGACGGCGAUCCUCUGCCGCCAGAGGAGGGCGGCGCUUUGGGCGAACCAUGCGAACAGCCAGAUAACGGAUCCCAGGCGGAGACGACGCUGGACACCCAUGCCUUCACGCAGAUCGGCAUCAAUGUGACAAACGAGGCGGGUCAGGUGCGAGUCAUCGAUGGCAGGGAUCUGGAAAACAACAAUGAGGAUCAGCACGAUGAAGUAGAAACGCAUGGCAAAAGCUCGUUUGUCAAGUAUUUGAUCUGGUUCAAGAUAGCUGUUCUCCUGCUGGUCUGGUGUGUCUUCACCGCCUUCCUCAUGUCCAACAACGAGCAUGUGGACCAGCUGAGCCUGAUAAGUGUCCCCAGAAAUGGCUCUCCCAGAGUCUUUCCGAUUACGACAUCCACUCUGCAGCGCAUAGGCCUGGGUCUGCGUGGACCCUUCCGGUUGCAGGAAAACGAGCUGACAAUCAACGAGAGUGUACCACUUCCCCUGCUCCAGGUGCAGGUGAUGCGCAGCUACUUCAAUGCCGAAGGAUUGGAGGUGUACAUUGAGAACGCCAGCCAGCUGUGGCAGCUGGAAGUGGUCUAUCCGGACUUGAUCGACGCCACCGUAGACACCAAGAAGCAGCGCACCUUCGAGCUCAACCCCACAGAUCCGCUGUGGCUGGCCCAGUCCAACAGGACAGAGCUGACCUUCGAGUUUGGAACCAGCAUCGAGGGCGAGCUGCCGUUGCAAUUGAACGUGGACGAGUCGCCAAUCUACAAGCGGGACGGUGUGAUCUAUGCUGCGGCGGUGCUCUGCGGUCUCUACAUCAUGAUUAUUUGGGAAAUUGUGAACAGGACAUUUGCCGCCAUCAUCGCUUCCACGCUGUCGGUUGGGAUUCUGGCGGCGCUCAAUUCACGACCCUCCAUGGCCACCAUAAUGGGCUGGAUCGAUGUAGAGACGCUCCUCUUGCUUUUCGGUAUGAUGAUCUUGGUGGCCAUUCUCUCCGAGACGGGCGUCUUUGACUAUCUGGCAGUGUACGCCUACAAGAUUACCAACGGACAUGUGUGGCCCUUGAUCAACUGCCUGUGCCUGUUCACAGCGGUGCUCUCCUCGUUCCUGGACAACGUCACUACUGUGUUGCUGAUGACGCCGGUUACGAUAAGACUCUGCGAGGUGAUGUGUCUCAAUCCGGUGCCCAUUCUGAUGUGCAUGGUCAUCUACUCGAACAUUGGUGGUGCCUUAACUCCUGUUGGGGAUCCGCCAAAUGUCAUCAUCGCAUCCAAUAGCUACAUAUCCAAAAAUGGCGUCAAUUUCGCUGUCUUCACGCUCCACAUGCUGCCCGGCGUGCUCCUGGUGAUGGUGCAGACCUACAUACAGUUGCGCUUCAAGUUCCGCAACAUCAGCGACCUGCAGUUUAAGGACUCACCGGAGGUGGAGGAGCUGCGCCACGAGAUACACGUGUGGAAGCGAGCUGCUGCCAGUCUGUCGGCCUACUCCAAGGACGAGGAGUUGGUGCGUCAAACUCUAAUGAAGAAGGUGAACCGCUUAAAGAGGAGCUUGAAGAAACGAAUGACUGCUGUGAUCGAGCCGGCCCCCAACUAUCAGCAAACACUGGCCAAUCUGCAGGCAAAGUAUCCUAUUCGCAACAAGCAGCUGCUUGUCAAGUGUUCCUUUGCACUGCUCUUUGUGAUCAGUUUGUUCUUUCUGCACUCCGUGCCAGAACUGCAGCGACUAUCCUUGGGCUGGACGGCCCUGCUGGGAGCCAUUUUUCUUAUCAUCCUAGCCGACAUUGAGGACAUGGAGGCCAUACUAGCACGCGUCGAAUGGUCAACAUUGCUGUUUUUUGCAGCUCUGUUCAUCCUAAUGGAGGCCCUGACGGAGCUGGGUCUGAUUGAGUGGAUCGGCAAUAUGACAGAAGGAAUCAUUUUGGGUGUAGGCGAAGAUCGGCGCUUGAUGGUGGCCAUACUGAUCAUUCUCUGGGUUUCUGCUGUGGCUUCGGCUUUUGUGGACAACAUCCCUCUGACCACGAUGAUGGUCAAGAUUACCAUAUCAUUGGCGCAGAACAGCACCUUGAAUCUGCCCCUGCAGCCUCUAGUUUGGGCCCUGGCCUUGGGCGCCUGUUUAGGAGGCAAUGGCACAUUGAUUGGAGCUUCGGCCAAUGUUGUUUGUGCUGGAGUGGCCGAGCAGCAUGGCUACAAGUUCACCUUCCUGCAGUUCUUCAAAGUGGGCUUUCCUAUCAUGAUUGGAAGCAUUAUUGUGGCCACCGGUUAUCUGCUGGUCUCGCACUCGCUAUUUGCAUGGCAUUGAUGAAGGGCCCCCUGGUCCCCAUUUCGGAACAAGGCGCACUUUACCUCGUUACCUAAGAAAACUUUUGCAGAUAUGCGACGUUCGUCGUGUUCAACAACUGCAGACCGAGGGAAAACCAUUUAGACCCGAAACACCCAAAAUCUAGAGAAGGGAAUUUCAAUAUCUUAUAGGCGAUCUAUAUAAGAGAGUUUAUAUGUUUAAACACAUUCUAAAAUAAAACCGCAAGCGCAAGCGCAACCAAACCAAACCCACACAGAGACAGAAAGGAAGAAUAUUAUACUAGAAAUAUACAUUUAUUUUUACACAUCGUUGUUAGUGUAGUGUGUAGUCUCAAUAACAAAACCAACAAGAAGUAUAAGAAAUAAAACUAAAUUAAUUAUAUACAAUUAAUAUUGUCGCUGAACUGUGAAACGAUUUGUUAAAUGUUAAAUGUAUGGAUACGAAUCAAAUAAAACCAAACGAAAAUACAUAUUACUGCUGUAC